GUUACCUCGUUGUUGGUGACGAUGAUUCACUGAGAAUGAUACUGAGAUUCUAACUGGCAAAAGUAAAUCUCUCCAUCAGAUUCAUGAUUCAAUAUUGAAUUAAUCGCCAAGUUAAACUCAUCGAGAGGUGAAAAGCUUGGCUGACAGUUCGAGGGUGUCAUAUUGAGCAUCGCCAAGGAUGUUUACAUACCCCAGCAGAGCCUCGUCCAUCCAUGCACAUGUAAGUACCCGAUACGCAACGAGACUCUUUCACGUCAUUCCCCAAGAGGAAAAAAGAAGAAGUGCAACGCUCUGAGGGUUGCUUUGCUUCUUCCCACUGGCCAAUGGGAUUGAACGGGUGAUGCAAACUUGACCAGGCGGAAUUAAUGAUUCCUCAGAUUGGGUGAAAUGUGGUGAGGCAUCGAUGAUGUUCACUGGGUGAUUAGAUCUUGGGUGUCUUCUAUAUAAGAGUGUGUCUCCUCUCGCUUUGGGAUUUCGCUUUUCGUUCUUCACUGGAGAUAUAAAAGCACACAAGUUACCGAUCAAUUGUACAAGAGUUUGCCAAAAGUUAUAAGGCUUCAUUGUUGGUUGUACUCAAUAUGCCUGCUGUCAUCUUUGCUCGAAACGAUGCUCUCGACGUCAAUCCCCAAUCGGGUGACGCUCGUCUCUCUGAUGCUGGUUCAGACUGGCUCUGGGCUGUGACAGCUAUCUACAUCGUCAGCUUCCUCGCCUACUUUGCUCUCAGCUUCAAGCCUCGCAACAAUGAGAGAAUCUUCCACUACCUCUUCACAAUUGCCCUCUUCGUCGGGGCAAUCGCUUACUUCUCCAUCGCCUCUGGAAUUGCCUACUCUGUUAUUCCCACACAGCGUAACCUCGGCCGUGCUCUUUCAUAUCAGAUCUACUUUGCCAAGUAUAUCAACUGGGUUGUUGCGUUCCCUAUUAUUAUUCUGGCUUUGGGACUCAUGAGUGGUGUGAGCUGGGCUACUAUCCUGUUUAACAUCUUCCUCGCCUGGAUCUGGAUCAUCUCAUACCUUUGCUCCGCAUACACCACAACCUCGUACAAAUGGGGAUUCUUCGGUUUCGGCACAUUCGCCUAUCUCAUGCUUGCCUUCCAGACUCUCCAUCCCGGCCGAACAUCCGCUGCUCGUCUGGGCCUAUCUCGGGACUAUCUCAUGCUCGCAGGCUGGGUGAACCUCCUCUGGAUGCUGUACCCCAUCGCCUAUGGUAUCUCUGACGGCGGUAACGUGGUUGGUGUCACUGGAAGCUUCAUCUUCUUUGGUAUCCUCGACGUCCUUUUGAUUCCUGGACUCGCUUUUGCCUUCAUGUUCUUGUCCAAGCGUUGGGACUACGGUGCGCUCAACCUGCACUUUACGCAGUAUGGUCGUGUCAAUGCUGGCAAUGGUGUCUUCCCUGAGAAGCGAGCCCCUGUUGCUCCUGCGGCUGAACAACCUGUUCCUGCCACUGCUACGGCUGCUGUCUAAGACGUGUAAGCCAUGUCUGAACUGACUGAGAACACCAGCAUCUGCUUGUCGGACGCGAUGAUGAGUGCGUUUAUGAAUAACGUGACUAUGAGGACACUCGUUUAGAAUAUGGUUAUGGGAGGAAAUAAUGGUGAAGACUUUGUGGGGAUAUCAUUCGCGUCGGAUUGUUUUUGAGAUACCCUCGUUGAACGGGAGUUGGAUACCCUUUGGUUGUUGAUGUUGUUGGCAUAACUUAAUAACUAAUCACCAUUAAUAUCGUCAUUCUCUCAUACUCGUACUGACAACUGGAAGUCAUCAUCUGAAGAGAUUAUUUAUAGAGUUUCUAUUACAGAAAUAGACAACCAAACAAAGACACUCAUUACCAUCACAAUUCAAGCUAUCAUAUUCACUAUAGAAGGCGUUCCAUGUACUAGUUCUCAUCAGUAGCGACAUUCAUCGAUCGUGAUCCUUCGAUUUGGGAACUACCCUAAACCAACCAAAUCAACACGACAAGGUGAGCACAUGUCUCACUCCGGAACUUCCAAUGCAGCCAAAGCAUAUUCCCCUUUACACCUUCAAUAAAACCAAGUCUAGUCUAUCCCUGCCAAGCGGGAUCAACGUCACUUCUAUCCCCACGACAAGUCACUUCGCUCUUUCGCGCUCUCGCGGUUGCCAAGCAACUAUUUCUUCAACCACUGCUAUACGGUAUACAGCACAUCAAUCAACCGGCACUAACCUGGACAGCAACUACAAUAGACGCCAUUUAUUUACUGCACCUCUAUUAGCUUUAAAGCUUCAUGCCUAGCGUUUUCGUUACAUCGUUCUUAUGUUGUGGCUUGCGCAAGGGACGAGAUAGUCACGCAGCUCUGAGACAUACAUACGCCCCGGGAAAAAGGAAACUGGUAUGCCAGCU